GUGGAAGGUGCCCAUCGAAGACGCUCAUCAGGAUUACGAGCUAGCCUUGGGUGACCGCAAGUACGAGAAAGUGAUAAAGCGUUUCCCGCCGACGGCAGCGAACCGAGGUAAGGUUCGCAACAAGAUGAUUCGCAUGAUGCAGUGCCUACCCGACCACUUUAUCCAGCCCAGAUGGUGCGAAGGGCUCAGCCCGGAACAAAUCCAAAUGACGAAGCAGAAGAUUGGCGACGCGGCCACUCCAGGUUUUGCUUCGCAUGUGCAGGUUGCGACUAGGGGCACGGGGUCGACGACAGAAUCGGUCCCGCGGCGCAAUGAUGCCGCGGCGUCAAGCAGCUUGAGACGAAGCGGUACUACUGCAGAGUCCGACGGGCAAAAACAAAACCGCCAGGAUAGGCCGCCGGAGAAGUUUGACGGCGGCGGAAUCUUCCGGGGAAUGUUCACCAGCGGGGGGAUAAAGAAAUCUCUUAGCAGCAACGGAGACGCGGCAAAGCAAAACAACCGCGCCACUCCUGCGGAAAAGCACAGCGUGCUCCCUCAGGAGGAGCACCCAGUUUUCCAAGACUGGCAGACGGCCGCACGUUACCUCGUGGAGCAGCGGCCAGAGAUAACUCCGAAAGAAAUCAAGAAGGAAUUGGAGCGUGGGCCGCUACUGGAGGACAGAGAAGCGUUCGUCAAAGCUGAGGUGACGGCAAAAGCCAUCAAGUUCCACCUCGCCCGCGACAGAAAGAAGACGAACUUGACCCUCGACGCACCAUCCGCCGCCGGGAACAAGGGCGCAGGUGCAGCGAGAACGAAGCGCAACGCCUCGCCGGUCAUCGUAGGCAGUGCGACGCGGAAGGACAAGAAGACUCAUCCGAGCGGCAAUCGGUCCGGAAACUUCACUGCGUGUGGUCCGCCACCGAAGCUUGCACCGACGUUGGUGGAAGACACGACUUCGGGAAGCGGAGGGAAAAGCAAGUCUGCUGUGGCGGGUCCUGCAGCAGAAGAUGCCGAAGCGCCAGCGGACGAUCUCCCGGCCGGCAGUCUCGAGGGCAUUCUGAAGUCUGUUGCGUACGAGGAGGCCGAACGUUACAUGUUGGUACCGACGGAAGACGACAUCAAGGACGUGCUGUACGCAGGAAUUGUGCUCGACGACUUCGAAUUCCUGUCGGAAGCGGUGGAGCAGUGGGCCAUAAUGGCGUGCACCGGUUUUGCGCAGAAGAGCGGCAGCCUCCGCGACAGCAUUCCAGAAGCGAUCGAGCGCGCCCUGGAAUUUGAGAACCACAGAGCC